UCUUGUUCACCUUGUCCAGUGGAAGGCUGAGUAUGAGAGUGAACUGAAGCAUCAUGAGACGAGAAGAGCUGCCCUCCAACAGAGACUGUCUGGUGACAUCACUGACCAGGACCGGAAACAACUGCUGGGAGAGCUGGAGAAGGUGGAGGGGGAGAUCAAGGAGUGUGUCUCAAGUAUACAAGUGCGUGAGGAGUGGAUACAAGACUAUAAGAAUAGGAUUGCUGGGAUACGAGGAGAAGGACAGGAGAGGCAGAGAAAGGAAGAAUCAGCGAAGCGGUUGUUUGAUGAGGCGAUGAAGCACGGACACGUCUUGGUCAACAUUGUCAACAUGCUUGUGUUUGGACCGGCAGGAACAGGGAAGACCAACCUCAAGCACCUGCUAACCGACAAGCCCCCUCCACCACAGCGUGAAAGCACUCCUUGUAUGGAAAAGCCAGUACGCAUUCGACCCGUGUCCAACACGAAAUUCAAGUCAACUGGAAAAGGCUGGGAAGAGAUGUCUCAGCCAAAGCUGCGCAAGCUACUUGCUCAAAUCAUCGCUGAAUUACCAAAAGAAAGCGCCGAUCCAUCCACCGCAUCAAGGGUUGCCGAGAGCUUGAAGAAGAUGACCACAACUGAGCUAAUUUCUGGUUCCGAUGAGCAAAUUUCUGAUUCCAUUUCGAGCCCAUCGACGAACGAUUCCGAUGAACUUUCUGGCUGUACAAGAAUGUUGAACAAAGCCAUUGAUGAAGUGAUAGCGAGUGUAGUGAGUGGUGUGGCAGAAGAGCUGAAACCAGCCACACAGAAAACUGACCAACUGUUGAGCAGUGACCAGCAAGAAGGAGAACUGUUUGAUUCCAACUGGGUGUACGUUACCGACUGUGGCGGCCAGCCGCAAUUCCACGACAUCAGCCCUCUCUUCAUCAAGCACAUUUCAGUGGCGUUGAUAGUCCUACGUUUGAUUGACGAACUCUCCAGUUUCCCUUCUGACGAGUACUACAAGGAUGGGCAGCUUGUUGGUAGUCCUCACGCAUCUCACAUGACCCUCGGGGAGACACUUCAGAGUCUCAUUCGAUCCAUUGAGUCUCAUACCUCACAAGACAAGAAGCCAAGUAUGAUCUUUGUGGGCACAUUCUUGGAUCAACUGGAAGAGAGCUCGGAUAUACUUAUCAAGAGGAAUCAAGAGAUUCUCGACAUGCUGCCACCCGAUAUCAAGAAGCUAUUGGUGUACAACGAUCCUGGAUUGAACAAUUUUAUUUUUGGUCUCAGCACAAUCAGCCGAGAUGACAAUUCACUGGCCACUGCCAAUAGGAUUAGAAUUGCUGUUGAGGACUCUAUUCCACUACAAGUCAAAAUGCCCAUCUGGUGGUCCUUCUUGGAUUCACUUCUCCAGAGUUUAUCUGCCAGUCUCGAGCGAGGUGUACUAGGCAUUGAAGAAUGUCUCCAAUUAGCCAAUCGAUUUGGUUAUUUGCUCCAAGAUCUUGAAGCUGCUCUGGUCUUCUUUGACAACGUGUGUAUAGCGCACUACUAUCCCUCCAUUCUCCCCAACACAGUGUUUGUGGAUGCUCAGAUUCCACUAGACAAGAUCACCGAGCUCUCACAGCACGCCAUCUCCCUGAGGAAUGCUGAAGUCAAGUCACGCUCUACUCUAAGCACAGGAAUGACCAAGGCCGAAUGGAAGAGAUUUCGAGAUGAGGGCAUAAUCACUUUAGGGUUCCUUCGAUUCUUUAAAAAGCAUUACGUUGAAGGCAUCUUUUCUCCAGAAGAUAUGCUGUUGAUCAUGAAAGAUCUUCUCGUGAUUGCUCCCAUUCCACUAGUGGAGUCCACUACCCACCAAGCCGAGUUCUUCAUGCCAUCUCUACUCACAUCGAUCCCACCUGCUGAGCUAGAAAAAAUUCGUUCCUCCUUCACAAUAUCACCCCUCGCUAUCUACUUUCGUAGUGGGUGUAUUCGCUCUGGAGUAUUUUGCUGUCUAGUUGUGGACGUGAUCAAGAGGCUAGGCUGGCAAGUUUUACUUCCUUCAGGGGAAGCAAUUUGCUUUGCUAAAAAUUGUAUUCAGCUAAAACUUCCCGAGCUCCCGUGUACCGUGACUCUGAUCGACUCCUUCUCGUAUCUUGAAGUGUAUAUCAAGGUCCUUCUUUCUCUUCGCAAAGAACUUUGCCCUGUGGUCCGCAAGGAAAUUUUGAAGAGCAUUAAAUUGUCCUGUCAAGCGUUGCAUUACAACAACGACACACCCAAGACAGGCAUCUUCUGCCCAUGCAAGAAGAGCACUGGAAGCAUACGCAAAUUGCACCUUGCCGAUGUCAGCGAACGAAAUGGCUGUAAGUUUUGGAUGUGCUCCCUUGAGGCUGAUGUGUGGGAAGAGCUCAGUGAAGAAGAUAGAAUCUGGUUGGACAAUAGCGAAGGUUCUGGUGAACCAUCCUCUGCUAUGAGAGAUGUCCCUGAAAGAACGAGUGAUCAGCUGCAAUACCCCGGUCCAUCGUCCCCUGUAGGAGAACCUGCGCGUAAGAAGAUGAGAAUGAGUGAUCAACAUACCAGUGAAUUGUCCUCUGUUACAGUAAUGGAAGAUGUGUGUAAGGAGACUGGAGUGAGGGACCAACAACUAGAUCAAGAAAUCCCUGAGAAUGACAUCACUCGAUUUGCGGAGAAACUUCCUCACCUGCUGAGCGUGCACAAGGCUUUGACAAUUGACGAUCUGCAACAUGUUUACGAGAAACUACAUGAAAGUGCCAGCCCUCACUGGUUCAAUCUGGGAUUGGCUCUAGGUCUAACUUAUCCUGUUCUCACCAAUAUCGAUAGCAAGCAUCGUGGCGAUAAUGUGCUGUGCUUGCGUGAAAUGCUGGCUGAGCUCCUGAGUACACAACAUGUAACAUGGAGUCUCCUGUUAGACGCUCUCAAAAAUUCCACAGUGAAGCUCAUCAAUUUGGCUGAUAGCAUCACAGCCACAACUCCUAACCUGCUGAAUCGACUCAACCUCACCCCAGCCGACCUCGGUGAUGUAACUGAUGUCACACGUCGUUAUGGUAAUCAAGCUGGAGUGGCUCAUGCAUUGAGAGCGUGGCGAAGAGUGAAUCCUUCCAGAGCUACCUUCAGGGCCUUGGUAGAAAUUGCCAUAGGACUGAGAAGAGGAGACACUGCUACAGACAUUUUUUGAUUCAUUGUAGAGAAUACGAGUUGAACUGACCGAAACUGAUUUUAUACAUAACGUUUUUAUUGAUACUAUUUUGUCUGCAAUGCUUUGCUUUUCUGAACACAUUUUUGGUAGUCUCUG